UUCACUCACACCAAAGGCUUUCCUGUCUGAAAAUGGCAGACUUCCAAACCAAUAACCCUCUCCUUCUCUCCCUCUUCUUUCUCUUCUCCCUCUCCUCCUUCUCUCUCAUCCAAUCCUCCAACUACGACCAACAAGAGCUCCAGUGGCUAGACGACAAAGAUGACGAGAUCUCCAUGUUCCAAAGCCGCCAUUCCUCCCUCAGAAGCUGCGACUUCAGCAAAGGAAAAUGGGUCUACGAUCAAACCUACCCUCUCUACGACGCCAACUGCCCCUACCUCAGCAGCGCCGUCACCUGCCGCAAAAACGGCCGCCCCGACUCCGACUACGAGAAGUGGAGGUGGAAGCCCCGCGGCUGCUCUAUUCCUAGGUUUGAUGCAUUGGAUUUUCUUGGAAGGAUGAGGAGGAAGAGGAUCAUGCUGGUGGGUGAUUCCAUAAUGAGGAACCAGUGGGAGUCUCUAGUUUGCUUGGUCCAGUCCGUGGUCCCGACAUCUCGAAAAUCGGUCAUCUACAACGGCCCUACGAUGGCCUUUCUUGCUCUAGAUUUUGAGAUGUCUAUUGAGUUCUGUUGGGCUCCUUUCUUAGUGGAGUUGAAGAGAGAGGCUGAUGGGAAGAGAAUACUGCACCUAGAUUUGAUUGAGGAGAAUGCUAAGUAUUGGAGAGGUGUGGAUGCCCUCGUGUUUGAUUCGGCUCAUUGGUGGACUCACUCAGACAAACGAAGCUCAUGGGAUUUUGUGAUGGAGGGGAACAAUGUGUAUAAAGGCAUCAAUCCAUCACUUGCUUAUGAGAAAGGGAUGAGAACUUGGGCUAAGUGGAUUGACCUAAAUCUUGAUCCUAGGAGGACUAAAGUGUUCUUUAGAACCAUGUCACCUAGACAUAACAAGGAGAAUGGAGGGAAGUGUAGUAAAGAUACGGAGCCGUUGAAGUAUCUAACCCGGCCUCAUGUCCCGGAGCCAAUGGUGGUUCUGGUGAAGGUGCUGAGGAGCAUGGAGUUCCCGGUGUCGUUUCAGGAUGUGAUGACGUUGUCGGAUUUGAGACGGGACGGUCACCCCUCGGUCUAUGCCAGGGCAGCCGGGGGGAAGAACGACCAGCUGGUGAAGGAGCACAGCUCUGAUUGUAGCCAUUGGUGUCUGCCUGGAGUGCCUGAUACUUGGAAUGAGAUCUUGUAUGCAAUGCUUUGAAUUAGGACAAAAGAAUAGUUGUGGUUGAAGUUUAUGAUGAGUUAAGGUUGCCAAGUGUUUGUGCUUUUGAUCUAUUGUAAAAAUGUUAUGUUUUCUAGUCAGAUGUUAUUCUUAUUUGCUUUUUACA